CCCUAGGGGCAACAGUUCACAGCCUUGCACAUUCCGGGGAAAUAGACACGCUGUCAGCGUCUCAUGUGGCACGCUUCAGCGCUUCGGACCGGAAUGUUCCCCUUGACAGGUUUAUAGACAAGCGACUGUGGCGUGGAAGAGAAAUUUUCCAUCACCCUGCGCGUUCAAUUUGCGGCUUGUAAGAUUAGGUCUGGGGUGUGCUUUCUUUUGCUUGAUGUUUUGCUCGUGCUCCAUGUGCUGGCUGAUCCUCAUCUAGGGCAAUUUGUAAUGUUAGAAUGACCAUCUGUUUUAGCUAGAAUUACAAUCACAGUGUAGCUCAAUUAUUAUAGGAAGACACAAUAGCAGUGGAAUCAUGGAAGCAGCAAGUGUUCUCUCGGCGAGUGCCCCUCGAUGUUGCUACACAUCUAGUUGUAGAAAUCCGAACGUGACGGCAUCAGGGUUGGCGAGGAGUUUGAAAUCUAGUCUAUUUAUUAGUAGCAACGUUAGUUUAAGGCCGCAUUUCAGGUCGAGAAAUAGCACUUCAAGGCAUCACCUCCGCAUGGUUGUGCGCUGGGAAGGAGGCCAAGAUAAAGACCCAAGCAGUGAGGAACGACCUGAAACACUCUUCAUGAGAGAACUUGCUAAGCGGAAGAAGUUAGGCCAAGAUGUGGGUAUGAAGGAAACAGAUACCAAAACCAAGGAAGAAGAAACUGAAGGCUCCAAGGCCUUCAGUAUGCCCAAGUCCACAGACGAGAGAGACACAUCUGAUCAAAGGAAGCGUUCCAUGGCUCUUAACAGCGAGGGCCUUGAUGGAUUGAUACCUAGAGGCCAGGAGCUUGUCAAGUUAGGCGGGACCUUUUGGGUAACUUUCUGGCCGCUCAUUGUAGGUACCCUUGUCUUAUUUCUGGCUUCGUAUUUAUAUUUUGGUCCAGCCUUUCUACACAGUGGCACGAGAAUUAAUCCACCCCCUUACAUAGACCCAUAUCAACUUUUAGACUCAGAGCAGCUGCCUUCUCAGGUUGGCCCAAACCGCGUGCCAUACAACACUUACAUAUCCCCACAGUAGUGUGCUUCAUUGUUUGGACCUAUAAAUGUUGCAGUUAUGCCGCUCUGUGCAGAUGUCAACAUUGUAGUAUUCCUUGUGUAGGUUCGUUAAGGACAAACGUUAAUCGUUGGAUACUGUCACGAGAUGAGUAGCAUUGACGCAGGUGUUGGUUGUGUUAGUGAGCUUAGAAUUGUUGUUUUCCCACCUGCUUAGAAUUGUUGGAAUUCAUUGCACCCUAUCGUGUGUGGGGUGCCGAAGAAGACAUUCAAACUGUUGCGUCAGUCCGUUGCUCAGUAUUCUGAGAUACAAUUUAUAUUUCUUCUAUGCACUUUGCCAUAAGCUUUAGUUCAACAUA